GUUUCUCUCUGGCUUUUACCCUGAACUCGGACCACUUUCAUCUUUCCUCCCUCCCCCUUCCCUUCCCUUUACUCUACGUACAUUCGCAGCCUCAUCGUUUCUCGCUCACCAUUUUCCCAGGAGUUACUCUGUUUGUGGCUGUGCUGUAGAUUGUUUUGGGACCCUUUCUCAUUUUUUAGGCCUAAUUAAAGUAACAGAGUGAGAUGGUUGAGAAUAUUGCGAAGUACGGAUUUGGAUUGCUCUUCUUGAUUGGGAAGUUGAACUUUUGGGUAUUUCUUAGAGCGUGGCCUGGGCAAUUCUCAGAGUCGGAACAGAGUCCAGUAUAUUGUGCACCGUUGUUGAUUCAAUGUAAACGUCAUAAUAAGAUAUCCAGGGCUGGCCAAAGUACCGAAUUUGUGUGUGUUUCCCGGGUAAACGUACCAAAUUUCUGUUGAAUUGUGAACUAUCUGUCCACUUUAUUUGCGAGAAAGGUUGAACUUCAACAACCACCAUGGCUCAUUUCUUCAUGGAGGUAAUCAGUAGCAUACGCAAUAUUCAAUGGACAAAAGCCAUGAAAUCAGUGUACAAGAUCAAAUACCAUUGUACUUGCCUGGCAAUGAUAGUGGCAAAGAUACUUGCACAUGGUCAUCAUCUCCUGAGCCUGAUCAGAAAAUUGAUAUAGGCAAGCAGAUAUUUUGCAAUCGGUCUCUGAAUAUGAAGAACAUUGUUGCUGUGGGAUUUGAUAUGGAUUAUACUCUUGCACAAUAUAAGCCCGAAACUUUUGAGACUCUUGCCUAUCAAGGCACCAUUAAAAAGCUGGUUUCUGAUUUGGGAUACCCUAAAGAGUUGCUAAAGUGGUCGUUUGACUGGAAGUACAUGGUCAGGGGCUUGGUCCUUGACAAAAAAAGAGGAAACAUCUUGAAGAUGGAUCGCCACAAGUAUGUGAAAGUAGCUUAUCAUGGAUUUAAUGAGUUGUCGAAAGUAGAUAAAGUUGGGACCUAUGGAAAUACUUUAGUACGCAAUUCUUUUGACGAGCCAAACUACGCACUCAUUGAUACGCUCUUUUCACUUGCUGAAGCCUAUUUGUUUGCUCAACUGGUUGAUUUUAAGGACAAUCAUCCUGGAGAAAUUCCGGAGCACGUUGAUUAUGCUCGCAUGUACAAAGAUGUUCGAGCUGCUGUGGACAUGUGCCACAGAGAUGGGACAUUGAAGCAAAUGGUGGCAAAAGAUCCUAAAAGGUAUAUUAAUGAAGACCCUUCAAUAGUGCCCAUUCUUCAAAUGCUCAGAGCUUCUGGACGAGCUGUAUUUUUGGUGACAAAUAGUUUUUGGGACUAUACAAACAUUGUGAUGAAUUUUCUCUGUGGCUACCCUAUGGUAGAUGGCAGAACCAUUUUUGGUUGGCUUCAAUAUUUUGAUGUGGUCAUCACGGGCAGUCCAUGCAGUGCAAAGCCAAGCUUUUUCCAUGAGGAAAAUCGUGCCAACCUAUUUGAGGUUGAGCCUGAGACUGGAAUGCUAAUUAAUACGGAUAAUGGCUCUCCUAUGCCUCAGGUGGGUGAUAUCAUGGCUAGAUUAUUGCCAGAAGACAAGGGUGUUCAUAAAAUUUUCCAGGGGGGCAGUGUUGGUCAUCUGCAUAAAUUACUUUCAGUAGCAUCAAGCUCACAGGUUCUGUAUGUUGGAGAUCACAUUUAUGGAGAUAUAUUACGCAGCAAAAAAGUUCUUGGAUGGAGAACAAUGCUUGUUGUCCCAGAACUUGAGAAGGAAGUUAAACUCCUCUGGGAAUCAAGAAAUACCCGCAAGGAACUUCAAUUCUUGAGGAGUGAGCGCGAUCGCAUUGAGGAUGAAAUACAUCGUUUGAAGUGGUCUCUCAAAUCCAAGAAUCCAAAUGACUAUGUAGACCCAAAGAUAUCUUCAGAACUUGAUGAAUUGGAGCUUGAAAGAGACAAGGUGCGUUCAAGUCAUCAAGAUGCUCAAAGAAAAUUACACCAGAGGUUCCAUAAGGUAUGGGGCCAGCUUAUGAAGACCGGCUAUCAAAACUCUCGUUUCGCUCAUCAGGUUGAGAGAUUUGCCUGUCUGUAUACUAGCCAAGUUUCAAACUUGGGGCUGUGCUCUCCAGACAAGUACUACAGGACCAGUGAGGACUUCAUGCCGCAUGAAUUUAACAUUGUAGCUUACGAGCUUCGGGACAUGGAGAUGUAGGAAUUUGAGGAAUCUUUGAUUUUGGUUUGGGAAUCUGAAACCUUCCCAUCUGCCCUCGACCCCUAAACAUAGCUUGGGUUAGAAAUAUUGAACUCGUAACUGUGAUGUUCCAAUUUUGGAACAUCUGCUGGGACGUGUGAAAGCUGGCUAGGUUAUACACGUUGUCCAACAUAAUAUCUUCCUUUUACUGGGCAAAUAUACGUUCAGAUUACAUUACAGUCUACAGGCGGCCAAAGUAAUUGCUAGAACAUGAGCUGCUGUGCUGACGUCGCUUUGUCGAGGAAGUCAAGCUGCUGCAAGUGGCAAACCAACACCCGAUUGCAUGUGGUAAAAUACUACACGUAAUUAAAGGAGGCAUUUACUUUUUCGAAAAAAAGAAAUCACUGUGAAAAGUCGGUUGGUUUAGUAAUUAUUUUUUAUUAAAUUCCUUUUCCCCUUUUUUAAAGUCUUUAUAAAAUUAUUAUAUAAUUCCGUUGUUAAUAAUAUAUAUGUUCGCUUUCAUAUCGGGCGAGCUCUCCAUAUAACAUACUCGGGAAAUUACAAUAAAGACAUAAGAAAAUCCUCGUACUCCCAAAUCCCAGCCAAACGCACAUGUAGGUUUGUGACCCUGCGGAAUGGGGACUUCUUCUCGAAAGGGGAAAUGAAGUGAGUUCGAGAAAAAUUUAACUGUGUCAUUGUAAAAUCGUAAAUUUUCAAAACUAAAUUUGUGUUUCGUUGUUGUUAAUUAGCGGAAAAAUAGUGACUCUCGGAAGUGAGAAGACAAGAGGUUGAUUGCGUCAAGAGUCCUUUUGUGUAAGUAGCAUGAUUUACAUUGCUUAGACAACGGCGAUCCGGAAAAUAAGCUAUACGCGGAAAGCCUAACCAAAGGAGAAUCACCAAAUCCACCUUUAAUGGAUGCUUAUUUUGCGCCCCCAGUUUCCACCUCUUGAAUUUCCAAUGGUUCAGGGAAAACUUCACUGGACAACCUUUUGUGGGAAGAAGAGUGAUCAUUUCCACCACUACCCUGAGACCCUACUCUUCCUGUUUGUUUAAAACCACUGGCAGUAAUAACCUCUUUGUUCGCAGUUGCAGUGGCACUUUCUGACGAGCUCUGUCUCCAGCUACCGAAGAAUGCUGUGCUCCAAGAUCUCCUGGAUGAAGUUGUUCUCAACCUGGCUGAGCUACUAUUAUAUUCUUCCCUCACUAUCUUCAAAGGAUUUUCCAGUGCUUUUAGGACAUGCCCUAUUAGAGGGCGUUUAAAAGGCUUGGGGUUGAGGCAUGAUCUGGCCACAAUUGCCAUAGCCCAUACCUCUUCCAACAGGUCCUCAUCCACAAUAAGAGAUGGGUCUACCAUCUUUGUCAUCUGUUCCUUGUCAUGUAUGCUUAUAUAAGACAAUGUUUGCUCUA